UGUAUCCUGAAUAACUUUAUAGGGUAUAAAGGCCCUGUUGAAAAGAUGGCUGUGCUGUCGGCUAAACCAAAGCGUAGAGCAACAACCGAGGGUGUAAGGAGCACACUCUACAAAGGUCUGACUGGGGAUUUGCCUGAUCUGUCCGUCCUUCAGGUGACAGAGGUUUUCAAAGAUUUCUCUAAAGAUGACACACCGAUGAUCUGCAGCUUGGGCAUCAGCUCUGAAAUUCCCCUGGUCGACUCCACCCUUGGCAAGGUUCAAGCCGGUAGUCCCUUGUCCUACCAACAACCUGCAAUAGCAAAGCGAAACCCCUCCUUCCAUGCUGCCCCACCACAACCAUCUGUGCCUCUUGAGAAUUACUGCUUACAGCCAUCCAGUUGUAUGUUUGUCUGCACUCAACCACAACAGCUUCACCUUGGGGGUCUGGAGGUCACCUGGGACAAGGCACACCAAUAUGAAUGUGCCACCAGACACCAAAGCACAUGUACGGAAUGGCAUCAGCUGAGGCGGCAUAGACUGACUGCCUCACGAUUCAAAGAGAUCUGCCAGGUCCGGGAAAAGACUGAAGAAGGUCUGGCUACCCGGAUACUGCAAGGGACCCGUCAGACAGCGGCUAUGAAAAGGGGGCUUGAAUUAGAGGCGGAUGCUAUCUGGGAAUAUUGCCAAAUUAAAAGGGUCAACCACUACUUCUGUGGUUUGGUGAUUCACCCUGACGCUCCUUGGCUGGGGGCGUCUCCAGACGGGAUCAUCUUUGACCCUUCAGAGCCAUGUCCAUUUGGGCUGGUUGAGAUGAAGUGUCCGAACGUCAAAAGCUACGUAGACUGUCCAUAUUUGAAAAUGGAGUCAGGCAAAUUGGAGAUAAAAAAAAACCAUGCUUAUUACUGGCAAGUGCAGGGCCAGAUGCUAAUUACGGGAAUGGAUUGGUGUGAUUUUGUGGUUUCGGCUGAGGAUGACAUACUCAUCCAGAGAGUUUACAGAGACAGUGAUGUUUUGGAUGCAAUCAGAGAAAAUGUAGACAGGUUUUAUUUUUAUGUCUACAUACAGAAAUGUGUAAUGCCUAAUGUGUAAUAUUUCAACAGUAUGAUUUUGUAGUGUUUCCAAUUAAAAGUUUUAUGUUAUGUAUGAAAUGUGAAAGGUAAAUGUUUUUAUGAUUAAGCGCAAUAAAAGUAUUUUAACACUUAAACACUACCAUUGUACUCAAUAGAAGGCAGAUGUUGCUGGCACUACAAGUGCCUCUUUGACAACUUUAAACUGCAAAUUAUUACAUGACCAUGCCUGUGAUUUUAGAUUU